AAGUAUGCCAUUCUCUCGCACCGGUGGUCGGACGACGAACUCUCUUAUCAGGACUUCGGUCGGGAACGGCCCGGGGGUUUCGAGCAGUCCAUUGGGUGGACUAAAAUCGUCCGCUUUUGCACUGAGGCCGCUCGCCAGGGCGUAUGCUUUGCGUGGAUCGACACGUGCUGUAUUGACAAGACCAGCAGCGCCGAGCUGGACGAGUCCAUCCGGUCCAUGUUCAAAUGGUAUCAGAACUCGACGCUCUGCAUUAUCCACCUCGAUCAGACUACGUCGCUGGAGGACAUGGCCGGAGACGAGUGGUUCCGCAGAGGCUGGACUCUCCAGGAGAUUCUGGCUUCCGGAAGAGUCCAGUUUUUCAACAGGAACUGGCACUGUAUUGCCCCCAGUCCAGAGAGCGACACAGGGCUAGUCUCGUUCAGAAAGGCGCUUGAAGUCGUCUCCCAGGUGACAGGAAUACCUGUCAGCGACCUGAGAAGGUUCCGACCAUCGCCUCGGGACGUAGACGAGCGCAUGACCUGGGCGGCGAACCGAGAGGUCACCAGGGAGGAGGAUACAGCAUACUGUCUGAUGGGCAUAUUCGACGUGUCCAUCCCGAUAGCAUACGGAGAAGGUCUCGACCGGGCUUUCUGCCGUCUGGUCGAGGCCAUUAUGGCGGCCGGAGGCGACCCUUCCGUCCUCAACUGGGGA